UAUCCUGCUACAUGACACUCAGAGGGACUUGACUCUCCUCUUAGUGCACUCCACUGCUCUGCCUCUCUUCUCCCUUCCUUCCAACCAUGAAGACCACAAUGAAAACCACCCGCACCAGCAUUAGCGGUGGCGGCUUCGGUGGCGGCAGCAGCUAUGGUGGCGGUAGCAGCUAUGGUGGCGGUGCCAGCUUCGGUGGCGGUAGCAUGCGUAUGUCUGGCGGCGGCGGUGGCUUCACUUCCAGAUCGGCCGUCAUCAGCCGUGGCCCCGCUAUCUCCUCUGCAUCUUCCAUGAGACUGGGUUCAGCGGCCGGAGGUGGAGGCAUGGGCUUGGGUCUUGGCAUGGGCGGUGGAGGAUACGGUGGUGGAUUCGGUGGUGGCGCAGGAUUCGGCGGUGGCGCAGGAUUCGGUGGUGGCGCAGGAUUCGGUGGAGGAAUGGGUGGUGGAUUCGGUGGUGGAGCAGGACCCAUAAUCCCAACCAUCUCCAAUGUGACAGUCAACGCAAGCCUCCUAGCCCCCAUUGACAUCAACAUUGACCCCAACAUCCAAGUCGUGCGCAACCAGGAGAAGGAACAGAUCAAGACCCUGAACAACCGCUUUGCCGGUUUCAUCGACAAGGUGCGCUUCUUGGAACAGCAGAACAAAAUGCUGGAGACCAAAUGGAGCUUGCUUCAGGAACAGACCACCACUCGCUCUAACAUUGAUGCCAUGUUUGAGGCCUUCAUCGCCAACUUGCGCAGACAGCUCGAUGGGCUCGGCAAUGAGAAGAUCAAGCUGGAGGGAGAACUGAAGACCAUGCAAGGCCUGGUGGAGGACUUCAAGAACAAAUAUGAGGAUGAAAUCAACAAGCGCGCCGCUGUGGAAAAUGAGUUUGUGCUUAUUAAGAAGGAUGUUGAUGGUGCCUACAUGAACAAGGUUGAACUGGAGGCCAAGGUCGACUCCCUCACAGAUGAGAUCAACUUCCUCAGAGCAAUCUAUGAAGCAGAACUGUCUGAGCUCCAAGGACAGAUCAAGGACACCUCAGUCAUUGUGGAGAUGGACAACAGCCGUGGCUUGGACAUGGAUUCCAUUGUUGCUGAAGUUAAGAAACAGUUUGAGGAUGUUGCCAACAAGAGCCGCCAAGAGGCUGAGAGCUGGUAUCAAGUUAAGUUUGAACAGAUGCAGACCUCUGCUGGACAGUACGGGGAGGACCUUCGCAACACCAAGAACGAAAUUGCUGAGAUUAACCGCAUGAUCAGCCGUCUCCAGAAUGAGAUUGAGACAGUCAAGGGACAACGUGCCAACCUGGAGGCCCAGAUCGCAGAGGCUGAGGAGCGUGGAGAGCUGGCAGUGAAGGACGCCAAGGCUCGCAUCUCUGACCUGGAAGAGGCCCUCCAGAGAGCCAAGCAGGACAUGGCCCGACAGGUCCGGGAGUACCAGGAACUCAUGAAUGUCAAACUUGCCCUGGACAUUGAGAUUGCCACCUACAAGAAGCUCCUGGAGGGAGAGGAGAGCAGAAUUGCUACUGGUACACAGGCCACAGUCCACAUACAGAGCUCCAGCUCAGGAGGAGGCGUUGGUGGAGGCAUGGGAGGAGGCAUGGGAGGAGGCUUUGGAGGCGGUUAUGGAGGCGGUAUGGGCGGAGGCAUGGGCGGCGGUUUUGGUGGAGGCCUUGGCAUGGGAGGAGGCAUGGGAGGAGGCAUGGGUGGAGGCUUGAGCAUGAGCGGAGGCUACGGAAGCGGCAUCAGCGUUGGAGGAAGCUCCAGAUCCAGCAUGAGAAUGGGUCGCAUCUAAAUAGCACAACUCCUCUCCACACUCUACGUAUCUUCUCCCCCCUUUCCUAUGUCCAGCAGAGCUCCCCGUUCCCACCAGGAGGCCCACGUUUGAGAGAGUCAGAGAUACCAUCAGUCAGAGCAGCACACGAGUCAGUUCUCUCUUGUAUCAGUCAGCCUAGAUGUCGUAGGGGUUGUUGGAUUUGCUGUCACAUACACCAGAGUGUUUGUGUACUGACAGAAAUGUCCUCACACAGGGCUGUAGAAAAAGGACUGCAGUUAUACAUAUGACAAACAAAUAAACCAUUGACCCACAUGUCAUAGGCAUAACUGUCCCCUCUUCUGUACCUCUUCAGCAACAUGUACCACUGUCUUCUGAGGCUAUUCUUUACUCAAGUUUACAAAAGGUAUCUUAUCUCUGUACAUUCCAUGUUCACUUUUUGCACCCCAUCAGGCUGACUGGGAUUCCAGAUUUAUCAAAGUGUAUGUACCACCUGCACAGCAAAUAAAUCUGACUCAUAAUCUACA